AGAGUUAAUUCAAAGUUGAAACAUCAUCGUGACAAUGGAUGACUCGAAGAAAUCUGAUGGCCAACUUGGUGAUUCCGCAACGCUUCCAUCCUGGAUAGAUAAGACGCUAAUCCAGCAAGCAGUUCGCAAUGCGGGAGACGAGAAGUCGCUAGUUGUGGCGAUCCACGUCAGCAGCGCCACAGUCGCAGGCGACAACUAUGCAAGCACUGUCUACCGGGUGAAGGCCACACUCACUGAUGGAAAGGAACGAUCUUUUAUCAUUAAAGGGCCGGUGCCUGGUGAAAUGAUGGCAAACAUGACCAAAGAAUCGGGAAUCUUUCGAAGGGAGACCAUCAUGUUGGCAGAUAUUAUUCCGAAAAUGGAGUUGUCGCACGUGGCGUCUCCGAUGCUGGACAUCUUGUACUUCUUCGCCGGAAGCCUAAGCGAGGAUGUGCACGUCCAUCAUCAAGACUUGCUGCUCCGAGAGUACUACUUUGCGCUCAAGGAGACGCUGGAACUUCUUGGACACGAGUCACCAGUUCAAUAUCUGAGCCGAAUUUUACCUCUGGCUCGAUGUGAAAUGAAGGAGUCGACGAAUUUAAAUAUCUUGGCAAGAUUUUUAGACUUCAAGGCAAAAGGAAUUAAAAUAUACCGACAAAUUCCGACAAUUUUAAAUUUGUAUGAUGAUCCUCCUAUUAUAAAAACACUUUCAGAUUUUAUGCAACAUAUUCGGAAUAAUGAAAAUAUGUAA